CAGCCAGCCUAUACAUAUCCACGUAUAUAUCCUCAGCACCUCAGGGAUAUAAGCUGUAGGCUCCAUCACCACUACAAACACCAUCGAUUCAAACAGUGAAUGACCACAACACCAUACCGUAAUAUUCAAGCAGUCGACCUAUAACACCGGCAUCAUGCAGUUCAAAUCCCUCGUCUUAGCCGCCAUCCUAUCUUUGACCCACGUGCAAGCUUUGACGGCAAAAGACGUAACCAACAGCAUCUCCAACAUUACUGCCCUUUCGGCCGACACGUUGGACCUGGUCAAGGGUCUUAAUACUGAGAAUGUGGAGGCAGAUGGAUUACAAGCGUUCAAGAACUUGCGCCAGAUUGUCGCCGAUGCCAAUGAUACUGCAGCAAUUAUAUCAUCUUCGGCCAACUCUACCUUUGCCGAGGAUGACCAAAAGGACAUUUGCGAAACCUUUACUAGCUUUGUCAAGACCCAGCAAGAUCUCCUCCAGGCGCUUGUCAGUCAAAAAGGCCUCUUAGGGCCCAUACCUCUUAGCAUGCCUAUUGGUGCCAUCUUGCGCUUCCUGCAGACGUAUGUCGACAGGCUCUCUAAUUCAGUCAUCGGGCUAGUGCCGACCUGCGCAGACGAGUCUAAGGAGGAAUUGAAGGGGCUUGAUAAGAACUUUAACGAGACUAAGGAGGCAUAUCCAAUUAAGUUGCAUCUUCCUGAGGUGGUUGGCACCUCGCUUGAAGCUUUUUUUUGAAGCUUCCCUUGAACAUCAGUAAAGCGUUGUAUAAAGGGUAUUUGGAUUAGAUAAUGGGAUCUCACAGUUCGAAUUUGGCUCUAGAGUGAGGUGUGAUUAGUUAGCUUUGAUACCGAAGAAUAACCUGAUGUCGUCGCGGAUCAUAAUAUUUGUCUCACGUUUCCUCCCUGAUCAACCUGUAAGCUGGGAUGGACCCUGAUUAUGUUUCCUCGCUGCGCAGAUCCCCGCAUAUUGGUAUGGGUGAAAUGAACUAGUGAAAGAGAUAUUCAUAGAGGGAAUGCAAGUAAACCUAGUAUGCACGCAUUAGGCAGAUGGAGACAAUUAAUAUGGGUUCGUUUCAACCUGUCUGGUUACCAAGUAAUUUGAGACUACUCAUUGUGUCUGCCA